CCGUCGUCAUAUACGCUAAGACACGCCCGCGGGUACGGCCGGUCGGCUCUUCGCAAUUGGCUCUUUCAGGUGUCCAAAGACGGCAAUAAUUGGACGACACUAUACACACAUAGCGACGAUUGUUCACUGAACGAACCGGGCUCUACCGCCUCUUGGAAUCUAACGGUUCCCGGCGAUGAGAAACAAGGUUGGCGUCACAUUCGCGUACAACAGUCUGGAAAGAACGCCUCCGGACAGACCCACUAUCUAUCGUUGUCUGGUUUCGAGAUCUACGGCACAGUCACCGGAGUGUGCGAUGAUUUGGGCCGCGCGGCCAAAGAGGCCGAAGCGAAUCUGCGCCGUCAGCGGCGACACGUUCGGCAACAGCUCAGGCAUAUGGUGGUGAACGCACGAGUGACCAGAGGUCCCGAUUGGAAGUGGCGCGACCAGGACGGGGCGCCCAUUGGCGAAGGUUUAAUUACGGGUGAAUUGCAUAACGGGUGGAUUGAUGUGCAGUGGGAUCACGGGGGCAGCAAUUCCUACAGAAUGGGCGCAGAAGGCAAGUACGACCUGCGUCUGGCGCCCAACUUUGAUCCCGAUAUGGUCGUGAAGUCCGCAACAUUGCCCACAUUAACCACAUUAACUCAACAGCUAUCGCCGACCAUCGCUCCGGUGGCCAUAACAAACACUACUGACACUAUAGCGGCCAAGGGGUUGGUCUCGACGCCCAACACUAUGUUUCCCGGUCGCAAAUCGAGCUCCACCUCCAGUUUACUGGAGCCGUCCUCGUCAUCGAACAGCCGCAUAACCGUCGCGUGCACUGAACAGGCCUCGUCUGCCGACUCGCUGGUCGCCCGCAAGGCUAUGAUCGCCGGCAGUCUCACGCGUUCGGCCGGCGACUCAUCGCUAUGCGAUCGCAAGAGCAACGAGAAUGUG